AUGGUCGUCAACGCUCCCGCCACCUGCUGCCGCUCCGGCGACAACGCUGAAUGCGCCUGUGCCCAGAAGGCUACCUGCUCGUGCGGACAAAAGUCGGCUCUUCACUGCACAUGCUCCAAGGCUUCCAGCGAGAACGCCGUCUCGGGGCCCCGCUGCUCGUGCCGCGCCCGACCUGCCGGUGAAUGCACCUGCGACCGAGCUUCCUCUGAAAACGCGACCGUCGCCGGCUCGACCUGUGCCUGUGGCUCGCGACCUGCUGGUGGCUGCACUUGCGAAAAGGCUUCCGAUGGCGGAUACAACCCUGCCAACGAGAUCGACUUUACCACUCGACGAUAA